CGUGUCAUGUCAUGGCACGGUCCGGACCUACCGUAUAUUAAAAAUAAAUUUCUCCUCAAAAAAAGUAGUCUCCUGUGUCAGGGAAAUUCCCGAAUCCUAAAAUCGGAUUUUUCGGAAUUUCGAAAAACUUCGUAUCGCAAAAAAUCUGUUCAAAUGUGAAGGAUAGGGAAGAAAAGAGAAGAAUGGCACGUAAUUGUUUUGCCAAAGUGGACGCGGCGGGGGUUUGACGUCUGGGCAAGGCAAGAUUGUUCUGUCUGGUGUUGUCGGGUAGCGACAACAACCAGACGUUUGCAAAAGUCCCUAAUGCAAAUUUAAUGGAUUGGAAAAUUCGGCUACGUGAAGGCAUGCCUCUGAGUCCAAUAGUCCACGGAGUUCCUCCUGGAAUAUCCGGAGGGAUGAAUCCUGGUGCAGCUUCUCAAAUUACGCCGACGAGUUGCACCCCACCACCCGCCUAUCACAAUAUCAAUCUUCCUCUAGAACAUCUUUCCAUCUCGGCAAGUGAUCGGGGAGCUCCACCUUCUUACGAAGAAGCAAUUGAUCCCAAUGCACCUCCUCCUUCUUACGAUUCGCUAUUUGGACGAAUGAGGGAGGCACACAAGGCAUCAAAAGGAAUUUUCGAAUUCUUGAAAAACAUCAUCAUGCUUCUGCUGGGCACAAUUGGAUGCACAAUAUUGUUGGGAAUAACGACAGUGAUUCCAAUUUGCAUGAUGGUGAUGGGAGGCCUUUAUCUCUACGACUGUCCGCAGGGAGAAUACAUUCCAGUUUAUUUGCUAGUCGGAGGCGGAUUUGGCGUCUUCAAACAACUUCUUCAUCUUUCAGCCAGGGUGCGCCAACGUCCGGAGGAAAGAGACGAGGAGCGGAUACGACAGUCGCCGACUCAGACUCUCAUCAAUUGUUUCAUGCUCGGCUGGUUUAUUAUUGGGUCGAUGUGGGUCUACAAAGAAUACGAGCCAAACUACGACCCCUCUCUCGGGAAAUACUGCAACAAAACUCUCUAUUUGUUCGCCUUUUGGUUGAUAACUUCCGUUUACAUCGGCCUCGGUGUCAUCACAGCCGGCCUCUGCAGCAUUUCCGUCGCCAGCAUCGCUUUCGAGAGACCGCCUCCAGAUUUGAUGUGAAAUUUGCUUGAACCGCCGACUCUGCGAAGAACCAGGUCAGCCCGACACACGAGGACCUGAAAAAGUCGGUUUUUCUCCCCCUCAUCCGGGAAUUCAUUUCAAAUCGGGCCCAAAACUUUUUUCAAAUUUCCGACGAAAAUUUUCUGAUUUGAAAUCAAUUCUUUUUUCGCGCGUAUUUUUUACGCAAUUGUGAUUUCCGAUACGUUUGGAAUUCAUUUCUUUGUGCCAAGGGAACAAAGAGUCCGGACCAGUCGAGAAAUUUCUUUGGAAAAGAAAAAACAAAAUAUUCCGAUCGGUUCGGGACUCGAAAAUUAUCUGUAGAAACGAGAAAAAAAAAUAUUGCUUUCUCAACUUUUUUUUCGCGAGAAAUUGAGAAACGGAUUUUUUUUUUGAAACUUAGGAUCUGAUGAGUAAUAAGAAAUUGUAUAUAUAUAUAUAUAUAUUUAACGCUUGAUGAAUUUUUUUUUGUUGAUUGCGAAAGACUGUAUCGAAUCGUAUGUGUAAUUUCCUUUCGUCUUUUCUAUCCGUCCCUUUUUUUGAUCUCUUUUUCACAUUUUUCCUCGCUCGCCGAACCCUUUUGUUUGGGGAAAAAAAAAACAAACAAAAACAAGUUGUGAAUUGAAAAAAAUUGAGGUUGUGAAAAUGUAGAGAGUUCUGUUAGUUUAAAAAGAAAAAGUGAAGAGGAAACGCACAAAGGGGUCGAGCUGAGAACUGUAAAUAUAUUUUAUUUGUAAUAUUGUAUGUAAUUUGUAAUUUGUAAUUUUGAAUCUCUAUGUACCAAUGUAUAGGAUUUAUCUACGGAAUUACGUAACGUAGAGUUUCGAUUUUUGGGAUGAAAUCUCAAUUUUUAAUGUCUGUAACACAAAAUAAGAGAGCGAAGGCUCUAGUCGUUGAUAUAAUUUCAUAAAUAAACGGCUUUUUUAAUCUCAAA